AAAAAAAAAAAAAAAAAUGAUACAACCUCUUUUUUUUUUAAUUUUCUCCUUUUUUUUUUCUUCUUUCUUUUUCUUUUUAUAUUCGGGAAUUUCUUUAUUAUAAACAAUGUCUGCUGAAAUUAGAAGAAAGUUAGUUAUUGUUGGUGACGGUGCUUGUGGUAAAACUUGUUUGUUGAUUGUCUUUUCAAAAGGCACUUUCCCAGAGUUUUAUGUCCCUACUGUGUUUGAAAACUAUGUUGCUGAUGUUGAAGUCGAUGGCAAGCACGUUGAGUUGGCUUUAUGGGAUACAGCAGGUCAAGAAGACUAUGAUCGUCUUCGUCCUCUCUCUUACCCAGAUUCACACGUUAUUCUAAUCUGCUUUGCUGUAGAUUCACCUGAUUCCUUGGAAAACGUUCAAGAAAAGUGGAUUUCUGAAGUCCUUCACUUUUGUCAAGGUCUUCCUAUCGUUUUGGUCGGUUGUAAGAAGGAUUUGCGUAAUGACCCUGCUACUAUUGAAGAAUUGAGAAAGAACUCUCAAAGACCCGUUACUUAUGAAGAAGGUGCUGCUGUUGCUCAAAAGAUUAGCGCAUACAAGUAUCUUGAAUGUUCUGCAAAAUCAGGAGACGGUGUUCGUGAAGUAUUUGAACAAGCAACCCGUGCUGCUUUGAUGGUAAACAAGAAGAAGAAGAAGUCUGGCUGUACUGUUUUGUAAAGAAAUAUAUAUAUCAUAAUAAUAAACUACAUUCAACAUAUAUAAAA